AUGAGUAAACAACGCGCCUUAAAUUUAGGCACUACAGCAGCUAUAGUGGUUGUUGGAGGUUUCAUUGUAGCAAUACUACUGUCUCAGACAGCAGCCACAUUUGAUGAAGGACGGGCACGCAACACAACUGGGGUUGACACAGAAACCUCUGUGCCUGCCGUGUCAGGAAAAGUAUGGAUUAUUGGCCUAGUGUACAUCAUUCCAGGAGUCAUAGGACUUGCUGCAGCAUAUGUCCAAAAUAAAUGCAUGUACAUCGCGACGUGCAUUUUUGCCAUCAUUUCACUUCUCAUAAUGGGCCUUGUGGCCAUCAUCUCUAGCAUGGCCCUUCUACACUUAGUCUUCAAUCAGGGAAUUGUCUCAGAACGCUGCAUAGAUACUGAUGACAGAUGUAGAUGCAGAUCUGACAAAAGGUCAUACAUGGACGAGUACACACCCACUCAUUUCAAGACCUGCGCCUAUUUUGAGAAAUUCAAUUCUCUCGCGACCGCACUAUUUGCCUUUGUGGUCCUGGCCUGGUCGGCUGAGAUCAUGGAGUUCGUCUUUGCCUGCUAUUAUACCUGUCGUAGCAAG